AUGGGCUUUGGAGCCACCAAGGCUCCUCGAGGUGGUCUCUCAUUUGGCCCCGUUUGUCGGUACGUCCAGCUGAGCCCGAAGGCAGUUCGUCGAGGAACGUGGGACGAUGCCAUUGAAGCGACCUUGCAAAAGGUUUCUGGGAGGCCACAUGGGGCCUGUGUGUCCAACUGCCACACCUUCGUUGCAGAUUGCUUGCAUGAGAUGCAGUACGGCGGGGUUCCUUGCUGGAAUUGGCUGUCUUACGUUUUGGCCAUCUGGCUCUUUAUCUUCGGGCACUUCACCACGUUCCCACGGACGGCU